CGUUAGCUAUCAUUACUUGUAAACGCGUGCUUCAUGCAAUUCCGAAAAAGGUAAAAUCAUCGAACGCUUCGAAGAGAGCGUAAUAUAAACGAUAGCGAUCGUGUAGAAGGGAUCCAUUGUUCUCAAUAAAUUCAUAAAGCGUACAAAGUAUAUAUUAAAGUUUGCGGCACCGUGGAUUUAGAACUUCCGGCGGAACAGCAUUGUCGCAGAUGAUCACGUGAUCGAAGAUCGAGUUCUUCGUUUGUGGCCACGAGGUUUUGUGGUGAAAAUUAAGUUUACCGGGUGGAAAAGGCCCUAUAUUUUUGUAUUUAUACAAAAAUGCCCUCCAGCAAUCCCUUGCCACCCAAAGAAAAUGCCUUGUUUAAGCGAAUUCUGAGGUGUUACGAACAUAAACAAUAUAAAAAUGGGAUAAAGUUUGCAAAGCAAAUUUUAUCAAAUCCUAAAUUUAGCGAACAUGGGGAGACCUUGGCAAUGAAAGGUCUCACUCUGAACUGCUUAGGUCGCAAGGAAGAAGCAUACGAUCAUGUACGGCGUGGUCUUAGGAAUGAUUUGCAAUCACAUGUUUGUUGGCACGUUUAUGGACUACUACAGCGCUCAGACAAGAAAUAUGAUGAGGCCAUUAAGUGUUACAGAAAUGCUCUUAAAUGGGAUAAGGAUAAUAUACAGAUCCUUAGGGAUCUAUCGCUACUUCAAAUUCAAAUGAGGGAUCUGGAGGGCUAUAAAGACACAAGAUAUCAAUUGUUUAUGUUACGUCCUACACAUCGUGCAUCAUGGAUUGGUUUUGCUAUCUCGUAUCACCUUCUAAAGGAUUACGAAAUGGCUCUAAAAAUUUUAGAUACUUUUCGAAACUUCCCAAUGAUUUGUUAUGAUUACGAACACAGUGAAUUGUUGUUAUACCAAAACAUGGUCAUCCAAGAAUCAGGGGAGUCUGAACAGGCACUGAAACAUCUUGACAAAUACAGUGAUCAAAUUUGUGAUAAAGUUACUGUAAAAGAAACAUAUGGUAAAUUAAGAUUACAAUUAAAACAAUAUGCAGAAGCAGUUGAGGUUUAUAAAGAACUUUUAAAUAUAAAUCCUGAAAAUACGACAUAUUACACUAGGCUAGCAGAGGCUGAAAGACAUGCUAAACCCGAAGAAACAUUAGCUAUGCUCCAAAGAUAUGAAGAACUGUUUCCUCGAGCUCUAGCGCCGCGACGCUUGCAAUUAUAUUACGCCUCAGGCGAUGAUUUUAAAACAUUAGUCGAUCGGUACUUACGAAGAGGUCUUCAUAAAGGCGUGCCGCCUCUAUUUGUGAACCUUCGUUCCCUGUAUACUGAUCAGCAGAAAGUUGACAUUAUACAGUCUUUGGUAUUGCAAUACAAGGAAGCAUUGAAAGCUCAUGAGCAUUUUAGCGAUCAAGAGAAAGACAACCCACGAGAGCCGGCUUCGGCGUUGCUGUGGACAUAUUACUAUUUAGCACAACAUUACGAUCAUCUCGGACAUACAGAAAAAGCACUGAAUGAAAUUGAUGCUGCCAUAGAACAUACUCCUACGCUUAUAGAACUUUUUGUUACCAAAGGUCGCAUUUAUAAGCACGCCGGUAAUGUUCAAGAAGCUUAUAAAUGGUUAGAUGAAGCACAAGGGUUAGAUACCGCAGAUCGUUAUAUUAAUUCGAAAUGUGCCAAGUACAUGUUACGCGCAAAUCUCAUCAAGGAAGCGGAAGAAACAUGUGGCAAGUUCACCAGGGAAGGUGUUUUAGCCAUGGAGAAUCUCAACGAGAUGCAGUGUAUGUGGAUACAGACGGAAGCAGCUAAUGCUUACAAACGUUUAGGAAAAUAUGGGGAGGCUUUAAAGAAGUGUCACGAAGUGGAUAGGCACUUCUCUGAAAUCAUAGAGGAUCAGUUCGACUUUCAUACCUAUUGUAUGAGAAAAAUGACUCUGCGGUCUUACGUUGGUCUUCUGAGGUUAGAGGACGUGCUACGAGCUCAUCCGUUUUACUUCAAAGCAGCGAAAUGUGCGGUAGAGGUUUACUUACGGCUACACGAUGAUCCUCUGCCCGAUCCAACACAGGCGCAAGAGAUCGACACCGAGAACCUGGCACCGUCGGAGCUGAAGAAGUUGAGGAACAAACAAAGGAAGCAACGCAGAAAGGCCGAACUGGAGCGGCAACAGGCUGCCCAGGCUCAGGAGAAGAGGGAGCAGCACAAUAAGUCUCGGCAGCAGACCGAUCCCGACUUGGAGCAGCCCACGCUGGACGAAUUGAUACCUGAAAAAUUGGAAAGGGCCGAAGAUCCUUUGGAACAGGCGAUCAAGUUUCUGCAACCUCUUCAAGAUCUAGCUGCUAAUAGAAUAGAGACGCAUCUUAUGGCAUUUGAAAUCUAUAUUCGGAAAGGUCGCACGUUGCUGAUGCUGAAGUCGAUAAAACGCGCGAACGGGCUGGACGCGAAUAAUCCGGAUCUCCACACGUGUCUGGUGCGUUUCAUACUGCACACCAGCCGUUCGCCGUUAGAGGGUGCAGUCGGUGAGGUGGUGAAGCACCAGACCGCCGGUAUCUACGCGAACUCGACGGCCGGCCAGCUGAACGCGGAGUUCCUGAAGAAGAAUCGAAACUCACUGCCGCAUUUGCUCCAGGGCGCGAAGAUGUUGUACGUCCUGGACCCUUCUGCCCAGUCGAAGGCCCUCAGCCUAGUGACGAGCAUCGAGGAGCUCGAGGGUGUCACGUUGUCGAGCUGCACGAAGGUCCUGGAAUCGUUGCGCAGCGGCGACUUCGGCCACUGCGAGCACACGAUAGCCGAUUACAUGGCGAAAUGCCACAAACGGCUACGCAAGUAA